AUGGAUGGUGCGGCUGCAGACAGAGGGGCGGACGCCGAAUCCGGCACGGCGCACGGCGCUGCCAGCGGCGACGGUGGCGGCGGCGGCGGCGGGGACGAGCGAGGGGGCACGGGGACGAGCGGCACCAGGGCUGCCAGCGGGGCGGAGGCGAGCAGCAGCGGCAGCAGCAGUAGCGGCGGCAGCUCAGGGCCGAGCGCCGGGCGGCGCGGUGGUCAAACACGGCCAGGCUCCCCUUCGACAGCAACAUCAGGCCAGCGGCACAGUGAAGGCCGAGGCCAGCAGCAGCAGCAGAAGGAUCAGGAUCAGGAACAGCAGCAGGAACAGCGGCAGCAGCAGGAAGAUCAGCAGCAGCAGGAACAGCAGCAGCAGCAGGCCUCCCGCCAAAACCUGCACGCGGCGCGCCUCUCACGGCAGCUCGGCGUUUCCCCAGACCAGGCGGCCGCCAUGCUGUCGGCCCAGCCGUCCCUCGCGCGGCUGUCGCCAGGCGUGCUGCAGGCUCGGCUGGAGGAGUUGGGGGCCGUGUUUGGGGGCAGCAGGGUGGGCUUGGUGCGCAUGGUGACGAAGCGGCCGGCGCUGCUGCAGGCAGACCGCAGGCAGCUGCGCCAGCGCCUGCAGGCGCUCGCCGGCGCGCUGGGCCAGUCUGUCCCAGGCGUCGCGGCCGCCGCGCGCGCGCAGCCGGCGGUGCUCGGGCUAACGGCAGCCGCGGCGGCGGCGCGGGUGUCGGCGGCCGCGGCGGCGCUGCGGGCGCCGGCGGCGCGGUGCGCGCGGAUGGCGCUGCGGCAGCCGCUGCUCCUCAUUCUUGAUGAGCGGCAGCUGGCCGGGCGCCUCGCAUCCAUAUCCGACGCGCUCGCCCUGCCCGGCGGCCCCGCCGACGCGGCGGCGAUGGUCUCGGUGCGCCCGCUGCUGCUCGGCGCGUCGCCGGCGACGCUCGCAGCCAAGGCGGCGUCCCUCCGCGCCGCGCUCGGCUGCACGGGCGCCGCCGCUGCGCGGCUCGUGCGCCGCGCGCCGCAGCUGCUCGAGCUGUCGGCGGCCGCGGUGGCGGCGCGGGCGCGGCGGCUGCGGUACCUCCUCGGCGGCCAGCGGCGGCUGCUGCUCGCGCUGCGGCGCGAGGGGCGGGUGCUGCUGCGGGCGCCAAAGGGCCUGCCUGGCCGGCUGCAGUGCAUCGCCGCGCUGAUGGGCGCCGGCGCGACCGUCCUGGACGCGUCCGACACCGCGGCGCUGCGGCCCGCGCUGCUGCGGCGCUCGACCGCGUCACUGCGCGGCAGCUACCGCGCGCUGUCGGUGUGGGCGUUCGGGCCGCGGCUCAAGGCGGCGCUGGUGCGCACGCACCCGCUGCUGCUGCGGCUGUCGGCGGCGGAGGUGCACGGGCGCUGCAGGUGGUUGCGGGCGCAGAUGGCCGGCAGCAGGCCGCUCACCCGCGCCCUGCGGCGCGGCCGCGCCGCCGCGGUCGGGAAGCUGCUGCUGCACCUGCCGCGCGUCUGGCGGCGGCUGCAGUUCGUGGCGGAAGCCGGGCGGCAGCUUCCGGGCGGGCAGCAGCAGGGGCAGGGGCGGCCGUCGGAGGGGCAGGCGCAGCCGCUGGCAGGGCGGCUGGAGGGGCCGCAGCAGGCGAGGGAGCAGCAGCAGCAGCAGCAGCUGCCGAGCAGCUUCUUGGACUUGGUGGUGGCCCUGACUGACGAGGAGUUUGCGAAAGCGUUCCCGGGCUUUGAUCCAAAGAUUGGGGACGGCGCGAAGGCCGGGAAG